GGAUGAGGGGCGGGUUUGACAGCGGGAAGCCCCGCCCCUUGCCAACGUGUGACGUCAGAAUCGCCAUGGCCAGCUAUCCGUACCGGCAGGGCUGUCCAGGAGCUGCAGGACAAGCACCAGGAGCCCCCCCGGGUGGCUACUAUCCUGGACCCCCCAACAGUGGAGGGCAGUAUGGCAGCGGGCUACCCCCUGGUGGUGGUUAUGGGGGUCCUGCCCCUGGAGGGCCUUAUGGACCACCAACUGGUGGAGGUUCCUAUGGAACUCCAGGAGGACCAUACGGUGGUGCAGCCCCAGGGGGCCCCUAUGGUCAGCCACCUCCAAAUUCCUAUGGUACCCAGCAACCUGGGCCUUAUGGACAAGGUGGUGCCCCUCCCAAUGUGGACCCUGAGGCCUACUCCUGGUUCCAGUCAGUGGACUCCGAUCACAGUGGCUACAUCUCCAUCAAGGAGCUGAAGCAGGCUCUGGUCAACUCCAACUGGUCCUCGUUCAAUGAUGAGACAUGCCUUAUGAUGAUAAACAUGUUUGACAAGACCAAGUCAGGCCGCAUCGACGUCUAUGGUUUCUCAGCCCUUUGGAAAUUCAUCCAGCAGUGGAAGAACCUCUUCCAGCAGUAUGACCGGGACCGCUCGGGCUCCAUUAGCUACACGGAGCUGCAGCAAGCUCUGUCCCAAAUGGGCUACAACCUGAGCCCCCAAUUCACGCAGCUCCUGGUCUCCCGCUACUGCCCGCGCUCUGCCAACCCUGCCAUGCAGCUCGAUCGCUUCAUCCAGGUGUGCACUCAGCUGCAGGUGCUGACCGAGGCCUUCAGGGAGAAGGACACGGCUGUACAGGGCAACAUUCGGCUCAGCUUCGAAGACUUCGUCACCAUGACAGCUUCUCGGAUGUUAUGACCCAGCCACUCUGUAGAGAGUCACACACACCAGGGGCCUUUCCUGGCUCCCCAGGGUGGGAGAAGCAUGUGGACCUCUCUUCUUUUCCUGCCCCUCUAGAAAAAGAUUCUCCCUUACUUGAUGCAGCAUUGUUCUUAAAGAGGCUCGGGAGUCCUGCAUCAUAGCCACCAAAUAGUACCUGGGCCCAGGACUGGGAGUUGAAUGUCCUGACAGCCCUGAGCAGUUGAAUGGCACAGCCUUGCACCAGGAACAGGAGGUACUGGGUGUAAUGGAGUUA